UUCAUUAAAAAAAUCCCGACGUCAUUGUUAAUUAAUCGAAAUUGUAAUGAUUUGAGCAUCUUGGAUCUUGGCUGACACUGAUUAGUUUUUUCUUCCCAACUUAUCCAAACCGAAUUAAUUCGAAUCUUAUCAUUUCAACCUCGAUAAUCCUCAAAUCAUUCGAGAAUUAAAUCAAACAAACAAAAAAUGUCAUCUAGUUUGUAUGAUAUGAAUUUGAGAUCAGGUGGUGCAGAUCUGGCCACUGCUAUUGUACCUUUACUUAAACUCCUCUGCUUAACUGUCAUUGGAUUACUUCUUGCAAACCCUACAAUGCAAUUCAUCCCAAAAGCUACCUUUAAACUCCUUAGUAAACUUGUUUUUGCUCUGUUUUUACCGUGUCUUAUUUUUACCGAACUUGGCGAAAGUAUUACACUUGAGAAUUUUGUGGAUUGGUGGUUUAUUCCGGUUAAUGUUCUUGUCAGUACUGCUCUUGGUUGCUUGCUUGGGUUCGUUGUGGUGGUUAUAUGUCGGCCACCACCUCAGUUAACUCGAUUCACUAUUAUUAUGACAGGAUUUGGUAACACUGGGAAUCUUCCCCUUGCUGUUGUUGGGUCUGUUUGUCAUACGAAAGAUAAUCCGUUUGGGAAGCAUUGUAACACGAGAGGUGUUGCUUAUGUUUCGUUUGCUCAAUGGGUUGCUGUUAUUCUUGUUUAUACUCUUGUUUAUCAUAUGAUGGAGCCUCCUAUGGAGUAUUAUGAGAUUGUUGAGGAAGGUGCUGUGACUGAGAUUGAGGAACAACGACGCGCGCUUAAUGAUAUUAGUAGACCGCUUCUUGUUGAAGCUGAAUGGCCUGGGAUGGAGGAUAAAGAGACCGAACAUUCUAAGACACCUUUUAUUGCUAGGGUUUUUAAGAGUAUUUCUGGAAUUUCAUCGUCCGCGAUUCCUGAUCUUGAAAUCAUGGCUGAACGCGAUGAUGGUAACAACAGUCCAAGGUCUAUUAGGUGUUUAGCGGAGCCUAAAGUUGUUAGGAGGAUUAGAAUUGUUGCUGAACAAACUCCGCUUCAACAUAUACUUCAACCACCAACAAUUGCAUCUUUGUUGGCUAUCAUAAUUGGCACAGUACCUCAAUUGAAAGCUUUGUUCUUUGGAUAUGAUGCUCCAUUUUCGUUCAUUACAGAUAGUUUAGAGAUUUUAGGUGGUGCAAUGGUGCCUUCUGUGAUGCUUAUAUUAGGGGGUAUGCUUGCUGAAGGACCAAAUGAGUCUAGACUUGGACUUAGAACUACUAUUGGUAUUGUUGUGGCAAGACUCUUGGUGCUACCUGUUCUUGGUAUUGGGAUUGUUGCUUUGUCGAAUAAGCUAAAUUUCUUGGUCGAAAAUGAUGCUAUGUUUAGAUUUGUGCUUUUGUUGCAGUACACAUCACCUAGUGCUAUAUUACUUGGAGCUAUUGCAAGCUUGAGGGGUUAUGCAGUUAGUGAAGCUUCAGCACUUCUCUUCUGGCAACAUGUGUUUGCCCUUUUCUCUCUUUCAUUCUACAUUGUAAUCUACUUCAGAAUAAUUGAAUAUAUCUGAAGUUGCUUUCUACAUAUGUUGUACUACCUUGACAUUGAUUAUGAGGUAGUAUGUUAGAAGAUUGUUGUCAUUGUUUCAUCGCCAUAGUUUUGUGUUUGGAGGUAAGAUUAUGAAAUUGUGAAGUUUAUUGGUUUGGUGUUGAUGAAGGUUGCAAAUAAUGUUGUUCAUGGUGUAUGUGGUCAACCAUAUUUAUCUUUUAAAAUUUUCAGUCUUCAGAUGGAACCUGGUGUAGUUUUUCCUAGGAGUGGCAAAAACAGAAAAUGGGAAUUGAACCGCCGAACUGUACCGAACCAAAAAUAAUUGAACAAUUACAUGAGUUUGCAAACUAAACUGUUAAGAACCGAACCACAAACAGUUAUCUUAUAUUUAAUCACUUUACUGUUUAUGUUUACAUAUAUGUGUUAUAUAAUGUUGUACAUGCCUCUAGUUUACAGAUUUUUAUUAUACUCCAUUAUUUUUUUAUGGUCCAUACUGUACUGUACCAAUGCCAAUGUGUAUACUCGAAUCCAAGCUUCCAUUAAAUCAUGUUCCCUGCUAUUGUAAUUUGUAAGAGGCUAAUAUGACCAUAGUAAUUUAUUGUCAAUUUGUCA